AAACGGUCAACGAGUUGGUUAGGGUAGCUAAGUAUAUUGAAAGUCUGAGCAACUUUUGUUGGAUAAUUUGAUACAUGAGUAUUUGUUCCAGCUACCUGAGUUAGUUGACCGUAAACCCUCCAAGCGCUCAGUGGUUAAGAUUAUGUCCAGUAGGGGUUACAUCCCUCGGAGCGACGUGGACACUCUAGUACGGUCACAUGGACUACCUCGCUAGGGGGAGCCCUCGAAUGGAUGUUUAUGCGGACAGACGGGCGAUGAGUGACGUUGAUCAGGACGGACGGGCAAAGAGUGAUGAGGAUGGAGGGCACAGUCCGGACGAACAGGAAAGUGGCCUGGACGCAGAGGCGUUGCUAGAAUCACAAUACAACCCCCCCUACACCCCCGGCCACUAACAAGGAGAAUCUGAACAUCUCAAGUAGUCAUCUCUGGGGUCAUGCAGGUGAUUCUGCUUUGAAGCAGAAAGCACUGAAUUUGCCUCUUGGGUCUGUGGAACAAAGAAGUCCUUUAAGAGUAAAUGUCAGUGUCAAUCAAUGCCAUUCCUCCAAUUCCAAGCCCUUUUGUGCUAUGUCCAGCAACCAGACAUUCCAAAAUAACCAGUCUAUUAUGUCUAAAAGCAGCAGCAAAAUGACUAGUUUGACAGCUCAGACUGGUCCGCACCCAACAAUCUUGACUCCCCCUUGGCCAAAUACAGACAGCCCAUGCAUGUCUCUCAAUAUGGAGACCCUGCCAGUAUCUGAUUUUGUAACAUCACCUCUUCCUGACAGCAGUCACUCACUUACACCAUCACAGUUUAAUGGGGUGUUCGGAGCCAAGUCACUGGCCAUUAACCCAAAAACCACAUUCACACCAAGAACCAUGCUCUCCCCAUUUUUUAAAUACGUCCAUUUGCCAUUACACAGGCAGAGCUAUUGCUGCCCAGGCUCGAGUUCCAUGCAUGCCUCAAAGAACUGGAAUAUUGAAGAUGAAACUUUACCAAACUGCAGUGGAAUAAGUUGUUUUGAGGACACUGUAGACACUUCUUGCUUCUUACCUGUGGUGGUAGAGCCCUCCCUUGGCCGUCCUGCAAUGGAUAUGUCUCGCACACAACCAGUUACUUUUCUGUCUAUGAAAGAGAGUUUUCAUACAACAGAAAAGGAUGCCCAUAAUGAUUUGCAUAAGGGCUUGAAUUCUUGUAUCAGUUUGCUGGAAAGUCCACUGCCAAAAGCUCUUGGGGAGAAAUUGCUCAAUGCUUCAAGCUUCUCCAGAUCUUCGCUGGAGGAUACACGCAACAUUGUCUCUAUGAAAGACAGUGUCAGUAAUGCAGAAGAUGAUGAUUGCUGUGAAGAGUUGCAUAAGGGCUCUUUUUGUCUCAGUUUGCAGGAAGGUCCAGUGCCAAAAGCUCUCGGGGAGACUAUAUCGCUCAUUAGCUCAAGCUUUUCCAGAUUGUCCCAAAAGGGAGCACAUGACUUAUUUGAGGGCAGCACCCAAAGUCAGGAUUCAUUAGAACAUCAGGUACAAAACCUGACCAGAGAGGUUGCAAUGCCGGCUCUGGUCCAAAGUUCUUGUGUUGCCUCUUCUGGUGUCACAGACACAAACCUCACCCACAUAGUUGUGCCUGAUGGUGAGGUGUUUGCUUCCUGCACAGUGCCGCUGUCCUGUUCGGUAUCUGGUUCCUUGUUUGAUUCAGGGUGUGAUGACAAGAGGAUGAACUCUAACAAUGGCACUUUUGAAUGUCUGGCUGAACCAACACUGGAGUUCAAGACUGGAACCCACUUCCUUACCAAGCCCAAUGCCAUAACUGCUGAAAUGAGAUCUGUGGAAAUCAGACCCCUGAAUGGCACAUUUGAAGCUUGCCCCCCUAUGAUGUGCAGUGAAAAUUCUCAUGUGACCUGUGUUGGCAAUGAGCACCCUUUCAGCAAUCCUGAGACUAAGAUUCAAACUGACACUGAACCAACGAGUGCUGAUAUUGAUUUUGCUGAACCCCUGGCACAGCUUCAACCAGGCUCAUCCAGGGAACAUAGGCUUUCCGGAGGUCUUUGUAGUCAAAGUGUUGAUUUGGAGAACCAAAAAAUGGACACCUUCACCUUGGAUGACACUCUGGAGUUAGAUCCAAACAUACUGGUAACGUCCACUCCCAUGGCUGUUGGGAAACCAGAGAGGACCUCAGACGUCCGUAAAAGGCAAUCUUCGGGCUUCCAGCCAAAACAAGCCCAACUGCCAGCUGCCUCAAACAUUGUCACUAAUAGAAAGUUGUUACUUCAGCCACUGAGUGCCAUGUCCCAUCCCAAAUCACGUCUACCCCCACCAAGAACUGUGUCACAGCUUCCAGCGCUGGCUGGACAGUCGAAGACCAAGCCGGCCCAUAUGCCUCUGGCCCCUGUGGCCUUAGCCCACUCGGAGCCAUUCCCUGCUAUGCCUGGUAAUGGAAGCAAAACAGGUGAAGGUCCUUUGGGGAAUGUUGCAGCCACUGUUACUCAGCAGGCUUUGGCAGAUAAGAUUUCCAGUAUUCGGCAGAACACAGUUCCAGAGUCCAAGCUGAUGAGCACUGGUCUGAUAAAACCACAAGCAUCUGGCUUGCAGCCUGGCACUCAGAGAUGCAUGCCUAAUCUCCGGCUUCCCGCAGUAAUAGUGGCCACCCGCUCCACUACCAAACCCAGCCUGUCUGCAGGUAUAAGUCGGAAGAGUUUACAAGCACCCAGCCAAAGCCACAAGCACUUGGCAACCAGCAGUUGUGCUUUACCAGUAGCAAAGAGGAAAAAACUUAGAGAGGAUUGUCCAAGUCUGGCUAAUCACAGUAAUGCCAGGAAAAGCUCUGCUAGGUGUGGGAUGAAGCCUGUAACCAACCUGAAGGCCGCACCAGCAAAAAAACAGACCUCUGGCUGUGCAAACUGUGUGCUACUUCAACAAGAGCUGGAAAAGUGUCGGCAAGAGCUCAAGUGUCACCAAGAAAAAGAUGCCAGAAGCAGAACUACAAAAUGAGAUGUGUUGGAAGACACCAUUACAAUGGAUAGCCCAGCUGAAUUAUUGCCAGCAAAGAUGAAUCUAACAGAUUUUUAACCUUGCAUUAAUAAAAUGUGUGCUAUAAGAAAAGGUAAUGAAGGUAAUAGGUAAUAGGUAAUAAUAUUGUGGGGAAUUCUUAAAGUAACUCUACUUAAGGUUUAUUUGCAUCAAUGGCAGCUGCUAUCAUCUUGUUUUUGGAUCAUCUUGCUGCUAUCAUCUGGUCAUUGGAUGUUAUUUUUUGAGUAAUUGGUUUUUUAUUGUAAAGUUAACAUUAGUUGUGCAACUAGCUAGCAAAUUUGCAAGUCAUGUCUUCUAAUCUUUGUCUAGUUUAUGUAAUAAGACCGUAGUUAAUAGUUUUUCUGUUGAUGUACUUAUUCUUUACAAUUAAAACAGAUGUCAGUUAAAAUAAAAGUAAUCAUGCAUGUUUUAUUUUUCUUGUAAAGUGUCCAAUAUCAAAGAGGGAUAGAAUUGUUAGGGCUUGUUACAGGGCAUUGCAGGAAAGUGAGGUGGCACACGAGCUUGAGGUCUAUUAGCUCAAGGAAGAUUUAAUCAGUUUUCAGAAAUGUGUCAGGUGCUACAAUACCAUUUUGAUUUUAAUCUACUUAAGUAUUGAGACCUUAAAGUAAAAAUUGCCCAAGGCAUAUGAAAAUAGGAUUAGAAGUGGCAACAUUUCAGAAUGUCACCUUUUCUUUCAAUUCAAUUUCAGCGCUUAUUUUAACUCAGAAUAACAGAGUUAUAAUCAGAGUUU